UAUUUAUUUAUUUAUUUUUGUGGAUUGCUUUUCUCCAAAACUACAUAUUGCUCCUUUAAUAACUUCGAGGACAGUAAGCUGAUAAAUACUGACAUUUGUGGCGUGGUGGCGGGAUGUAACAGUACAGUUUGAUCCUAUUGUAUAAGAAAAAGAGAGAGAGAGAGAGAGAGAGAGAGCUGUUGAUCAGCUCGCAGCGUGGGGUCUGUAGUGAUUCACGUGAUUGGUGAGUAAAAAGCUCCACCUUUGGGAUAAACCCGGAGGCGGCAUCUGUGCGCUGCUGCCUGCUGCCGGGACACACAGGACGGGCUGCAGGAGUGAGCAGAGCCGCUGCUGCUGCUGCUGCUGCUGCUGCUGGUGCUGCUGCUGGUGGUGCCGCCGGCUUCUGUCUUCGUCUCUCCUUUUUUUUUUUUUGUUUGUUUUUGUCUUUUGGACUAUGAUUUUCAUCCUCCAGCGCCCAGAGGUGAAUGCGGGGCUUCUUCCGGACAGACACAUCAACGAGCAGGCACUUUGCGCGGCGCGUUCGCCGUCGCUGUCCUCGGUGAUGAGACUGGGCUGAGGUUGGAGAGGACAGGAUGCCCGCCAGCGGCGUAGACUCCCUGAAGCCCAGCGCCUUCAUCCCGGUGUGCACGGCCGCCUGCCUCCUGGUCGGCUCGACCUCCCUCUUCUUCGUCUUCACAUGCCCGUGGCUGGCUGUGACCAUCUGCCCUGCUGUGCCACCAUGUUGCGCCGUCCUCUUCCUUUUUGUGCUGGCCAACUUCACCAUGGCAACCUUCAUGGAUGCUGGAGUGCUGCCAAUUGCAAACGAGGAUGAGGACAAGGAUGACGAGUUCCGCGCUCCGCUGUACAAGAACGUGGACGUGAAGGGCGUCCAGGUGCGGAUGAAGUGGUGCGCGUCGUGUCACUUCUACAGACCUCCGCGCUGCUCGCACUGCAGCGUCUGCGACCACUGCGUAGAGGACUUUGACCACCACUGCCCCUGGGUGAACAACUGCAUCGGGCGGCGGAACUACCGCUACUUCUUUCUGUUCCUGGUGUCACUGACGUUCCACAUGAUCGGCGUCUUCACCUUCGGCCUCAUAUACGUCCUGCACCACAUGGACGAACUGUGGAAGCUGCACUGCACCGUCACUUUGGUAGUGAUCAGUAUAUCAGGGCUGUUUCUCAUCCCGGUCCUGGGCCUCACAGGAUUCCACCUGUACCUGGUGUCCAGAGGACGCACCACCAAUGAACAAGUAACCGGGAAGUUUCAAGGAGGAGUAAAUCCUUUCACACGUGGUUGUUGCAACAACCUGGAGUAUCUGGUCUGCAGCCCCAUCUCACCAGGGUACACAGCGAGGCCCUGCAAGAAAUCAGUCAUCCAUAUUCAGCCUCCGUUCCUGAGACCGGAGAUUGACAGGCAGAUGCCAGCGAAAGUCAGGGACAACGGGAUACAGAGUCACGAUCUCCAGAACAGACGAACCUCAGCCGGAGCUGUCGAGCUGUCAGACAUCAAACAGGGGAAAACUCCUCCACCGCUGCCACCAAAACCAGACCACGGCCUGCUGAAAAGUCACGCCUCUGCCCUGGACGAGAUGGGACACCACACCAAAUCCAUCAUCCCUGUAUCCAUCCCCACUGUGCCGCAGCUACGGCCCGUCCUGGAAGCCAUAUCCAGAGGAUCGUCACCCAUUCCUCCAGAGCAGUUGCUGAGGACGUCAGAGCAGCAAGGGAACAACAGAAGUCCCGACCGCCGCUCUGAGCCGAGAGGAAGCCCGGCGAGAGGCAGCCAGCAGGCCGGCCUGCCUGUCCAGACCAACAGCACGUCCAGCUCGCUGCAUCUCAACUCCCUGACGCUCAACUCCCGCUCUCUCACUCUCAAACACGGCAGUCGCCACGGCAGCAAAUCCCACCUGCCUGCCAUGCAUGGUGACACUUUGGGAUCCAAUCCUCCGCCGGGCAUCAUCAACUCUUCCAGCCUGCUGGCCAACCACGGCAGCAGCGGCAACCUCUCCUAUGAUAACGUCGUUAACCCUGCAGAUCCUCAGUACCUGGCUCAGAGAGGGGCUCCUCCAGUCGGCUACCACCCUCACUACAUGACUGUGGGUGCAGAUGGGACUGUGCUGCAGCGGCCCCCUCCUCAUGCCUACAGUCCCGUGUUCAUGGGGGUUGCCAGACAGUCUCCUCAGCCUCGAGACUCCUCACCGUUGCAGGGUCUCACCUCAAGGGAUCCCUCACCUUCCUUCCAAGGUUUCAUCCAAAGAGACCCCUCUCCGUCUUUUCAAGGGCUGAUGGCAAGAGACCUCGCAUCCCAAAGCGUGACAUCACGAGACCUCACCCCUCCGGGCCUGGUGAUGCGAGACAUGACGUCUCAGAGCCUCCGAGACAGUCUCCGUGAUCUGGGCCCGCAGGGCUUGACACCUCCGAAGUCUGCUGCCGCGCGCUACGACAACUUCUCAAAAACCAUCAUGGCGUCUAUCCACGAAAGACGGGAGAUGGAGGAGAGGGAGAGGAUGCUGCGCCUCCAGGCCAGAUCCCAGGCACUCUACGGCCCGGAUGUGGGGAUCUAUGACAUCCCCUGCAGGAGGAGCCUACCGCCAGAAAACAUCCGACCGCCGGGCUCCCGCGGACCGACUCCCCCGGCCUACGGCUCCAGGGAGUUCCUCAUGAGCACAGGCAUCCUCGGUUAUGGCAUGAGGACCUCGCCUCUCUCCAGCUCCUCCACGUCGUCGCUGACCCGAGGCCCGAAGACGUCCAGCUCCCCUCUGCAGAGCAGCAGCAGCAGCAGCCUCCAAAGCAAGGGCAGGUCUUCCUCUCCGGCUUACUGCAAUACUGACAGACAGACUCAGCCCCUCCCUUCCUCUACAUCCACCCUGCCCCGUUUAACAUCCUCCUCCACCUCCUCUGCCCCUUCGUACGCCUCCUAUGCCACCGCGAAACGAUCCUCGCUCACAUACUCCUCCGAGGGGAAGGACUCAGUCACCCUGGGAGCCCUGAAAUGAAAAAAAAAAAGAAAAGAAGAAAUAAAAUUACUCCAUGUUCCUGAUGGUGUGAAUGAAUCAUCUAUGCAGUGUUAGUCUCAGUCUUCACAGCUCUGAAAAUACUUUGUAAAUAAGAGGCCAUUUGGGACUCUCCUGUGUGGGAGGGCGUGUGAGUAACAAACACACACUGAGUGAUAAACUUAGAAAAUAUUUUUACGAAGUCACGUUUAGUAUUGACCAAAAUGAAAAAUAAAAAAUAAAAAAAGGUGAAUCUCAGGACAGCUGUGCCUCCUCUCACGAAACAGAGCGAGCUCUUUAAACUCAGUCAAAGAAGGGCUUUGUGAAGAACACAGAUUAACUUACUAUCUGUUUGUAUGUGUUUUGAUAUUGCUUUUGUGAAACAAUGUAACACCACCUCAUCUAAUUUGUCUCCCGCUGCAAAACACCCCAUUUAAUAGAAUUUUGUAGUUGUUUAUAUGAAUAAAGUUAUUUUGUAAUUUUCA